AUGGACCAACUCCAGCCUUACCUCAACCUCGCCGCGGCCCAGCAGUAUCUGCCCGUGCUGGGCAAGCUGCUCCCGCGCGCGGUGAAGUACCUCGGACUCUUCGUCCUCGCGCUCAACCUGCCCUCUCUGCCGUUCGGCUGGCACGUCCGCGUCUUCAGCCCGCUCUUCCACCUCCGCUUCCGCUUCUUCCUCUUCCGCCUCUCGCUGCUGCUCCACUCGCGCCAGGAGCGCAAAAAGGCAAAGGACAAGUGGCUCGAGAACCUCUCGCCCAUCGGCGAGAGCCCGUUCGAGAAGACGAUCACUUACCACGCGUGGGCAGGCAUCGACGACUGCGACUUCAACCUCCACCUGAGCAACUCGUGCUAUCCAAAGAUACUUGAUUGCGCGCGGUUCAAGGCCGCGUUGGCGUACUUCCCGACCUUCCUGCGCGCGGGCGGGUGGAUUGCGCUCGGCGCCACGCACUUCAACUUUAUCCGCGAGAUCCCCAUCUUUUCGCCCUACCAAGUGCGCAUGAGCAUCGCCAGCUGGGACAACAAAUGGAUGUUCCUCGUCAUCCGCUUCGUGACCUUCCCCAAGAAAACGAAGGGCUCCGACAAGAAGGCGCACUCCUCCAAGACGCCGCCGACCGCCACGACCGACGGCCCGCCCUUCCUCUCCCUCCACACGCCCGCCAGCGGCCUCACCACGCCCUCACCCGCCCUCGUCUCCGCGCCCGCGCCCGCGCCCACCUCCACCGGCAUCCCGGGCGCGGCGGCUGCCAUGCGGGCCCUCGCGGCGCAGACGACCGAGCCCGACGGGGCGACGCUCAACUGCCUCUCCGUGAACGAGCUCGUGUUCAAGCACGGGCGCAUCACCGUGCCGCCCGCGCUCGUCCUCGCAGGCGACGGGUUCGCCGCGCCGCCGCCCGACGCGGACCUCGCCGCCGGCGCGAGGCCGUUCUCCGCCGCGAACCCGCCGCCGCACUGGGCGGCGGUGCAGGCGCUCCUGCGCGCGGGGGGCGUGCGCGGCGUGAGCGAGUUCAUCCGCGGGGGGUGGCGCGAUGUGCCGGAGGGCGGGCGGUGGUGGGAGGCUGCGCUCGGGGGCGCGGUGGAGGCGCAGCGCGCGGCGAACUACGAGCUGGUGAAGGGCGUGCGGAGGGGGAUGGAGGGCGCGCGCGAGGUCGUGCAGGGCGCCUAG